AUACAAAAUUUGAUUUAAAAAAGUCUAAAUAUGUUUGAAUUUAAGUUAAUUGAUGAUUUAAUCAUUAUGGCUAUGGCUUGUAUUAUGAAGUUUAGUGCAAUUGGGACCAAAUCAAAGAAUGUUUCGAAUUCAGAUUCGUGUAGUUGUCGCCGUGAUGAUAUUUUGCGGUUAUUUUUUUAUUUACGUCAUACGUUACAAUAUUAGUGUGCACAUCGUUGACAUGAUCCAGGUUUCUAAAAGAGAAGGUGGUAAUAAUUACAGUAGUUUAAUUAUUGGGAGGCAAAAUCGAAAAUCGGGAGUCAUAGACAUGAUGAAUUGGGAUGAUAUGAAAAUGGCUGUGAUUUUUUCUGCCUACCAUAUUGGUUAUUGCAUUUGCUUUCCAAUCUUCCAUAACCUUGGAGAUAGAAAUCACCCAAAGAGUAUUGUUAGAACGAAUCCGUCGACUAUGUCUAAUAUCACCGAAGUGGAGGAAGACGAGAUAGCGAAUACGUAAAGGAAUAAUUUCUGAAAAAAAGGAAGAAAAUGCUAAGUAUUAGUAUAGUGUACUGUUGGAAAAAAAAUUUGAUGUCAAUAAAACCGUGAGUUCUU